UGUUUUGAAGAUCGUCUGUAAGUGGGCACAGUUGGGGAGAGUCCUGGCAUGUGGCUCACAAGCAUGGAGGGGACUGCCAACUUCUACCUGGGAGCAGUGAGUCUGGAUUAUCCCUAGAUGUCACACUUAAUACUGAAAUGUGCAGCAUAUGUCCUUAACUUGCAUACUACAGGCAAUGUUUUAGCACAAAUAGUCCAUUAUAUUGCUGUGUGGCGAUCAGGUCAUUAGCCUAAAUGAGAUUAUAACACAUUAGAACUAUAAUAUAUAGCAUAUUAACACCUACACAUGUUAGUGGAUUGACCUCACUCACAAAUUUUUUUUUUUUUUCAUAUUUGUUUUGUUUUUAAAUUCCUUAAAAAAGACAUGGCAUGGGAUCAGUCAGACAGCCUUUUGAAUGUUUUAAAUCCAUCAUGCCAAAUUGUCCAGACAACUUUAAAAUGUAUUUCUAGACGAAUACUGAAAAGCUUGAAAGAGUUUCCAACAGCUGCUCAUAUAAUAAUUGGUCAUCUUUCUCGGUUACACUUUUUGCUUUUGAAUCUUCAAAAAACUUUCUCAAAAAAUUUGGGAAAAAGGUUAAAAAAAAAAUACUGCCGGAAGAGUUUCUUACUGAUUCUGAGUAUGACUGGUUGAUGGCCAAGAUUUUUGUGAGAAGUGCAGAUUUCAGCGAGCAUCAACUCAAUGCUCACCUGCUGCGCACUCAUCUGCUGGCUGAAGUUUUUGCCGUGUCACUGCUGCGCAACGUGCCCAUGGUGCAUCCACUGUACAAGCUCCUCACACCUCACACUCGCUACACUCUGCAGAUCAACUUCUAAUAUAUUUGCAGCUUCUGGUGGAAAGGCUAUGAUCACAAUCCUGAAGAGAUCACUGUCCUCAAUGACCUACAGCUCCCUCUGUAUACCAGACGACAUUGCUGAGCGUGGGCUGGAGGCUGUGCCGAACUUCUACUACAGGGAUGAUGGACUCAAGCUUUGGGAUAUCAUCCACAGGUUUGUGCAGGGAGUGCUCAGCUACUACUACAAGAAUGACGCUGAGGUCCAGCAAGACUCCGAACUGCAGAAGUGGAUUUUGGACAUUUUUGAAUAUGGGUUCCUUUCCCAAGCAUCCACAGGAAUUCCACAGAGAUUUACCACCGUGGUAGAGUUGGUCAAGUUUGUCACCAUGGUGAUCUUCACUUGCUCAGCACAGCAUGCGGCCGUAAAUUCUGGACAGUAUGACUAUGGUGGCUGGAUGCCCAACACUCCCAUCUCCCUGCAACUUCCUCCACCGACCACAAAGGGGACAACAAGCGAGGCCACGAUGCUGCAGACAUUCCCUGAUGUCAACACGACAGUUCAGGGAAUGGCCACCAUGUGGCUACUCAGCCAGCAGUCCUCUGACUUUGUCCCACUUGGCCACUACCCAGAGGACCAUUUCAGUGAGAAGAUUCCCUUCAAGCUGAUAAAGGAUUUUCAAGGAGAGCUUGAAGUGUUAAGUGUAGCCAUUAAAGUCAGAAACAAGAGCCUGGAAGUCCCAUACACGUACCUGGAUCCAACAGCGGUAGAAAAUAGUGUGGCCAUUUGAGUAUCAGAAGAUGUGACCUCCUCAGUUGUUGGCCAAAUUCAGCUUCAUAUUGACAAAAGUGAGAAAGUGAAGAGAAAGGAACUGCAUGCUCUGUUUUUAACUGAUUCUAUAGUACAAGGAAAUUACUGCAUGUGAUCAUUGUAUGCUGAUAUGUGACUUUUAUACAGCCUACUUGGUUUAACUGUGGUUAAAAUGUACUGUUUUAAAUCAUAUUCCGCAUCAUUAAAUACAAAGGGCAUCCUAUCAAAAGAAAUUACAAAUGUAAAAUUCAAAAUGUGAAGCUGCAGCAUUGAGAAGUUUCUCAUAAACACAUGUAUCUUUCAUGAACAAUGAACAUGUGACAAUUUGCUCUAGUCUGAUGUCAUUGGACUAUAUUUUAUUUUCUGUCUCAACAUAAGAAUGAAUGAAUCAGUUACGUUUUUCUGGGACAACUAUACAGUAUGUGUGUUGCAUAGCAGUUUUGCACUGAUAAAUUGCGCUACAGCUCAAUCUGUAUGUGUGUUUGUUCUGUGCCAGUGCAGAACAGAACAGUAUUAUAUAUUUUUGUGACAAACUGAAAAUGAUUUCAUUGCAUUGAAUUGCAUUGUUUUAUUGUUUUAAUUUUCUUUACAUGUUACUGAUGAAAAAACAUUCAAUCAAGCAUUUGUCAAUGAACUUCAUGUGCUAUAGAAAUGAAAACAAACUUGCAUACUGUAUGAAUAUAAAAUUAAUGUGGCUGAUUUGUCAUUUAAUAAUCACAGCAAAGCCCUCAAUAAACACAGUGCCAAACAAA